AUGCCAUCCACGUCAACCAACCCAGAAGUACGAAGCACCACACACGGCGAGGAGACCAUCAAGCAGGAAGAAGCCGCCUGGAUGACCGCGGACCCGUACCGGAAGCCCUCAGACGAUGAUGCCGACUUCAAGGCGGAAUGGGAGGGCUCAUGUCACUGCGGGGGCAUCAAGUACCUACUAGGCAGGGAGAAGCCGUUGUCGUCGAAAUACUGCCAUUGCGUUGAUUGCCAAAGGAUGCACGCUGCUCCGUUCCAAUGGGCGGCCAUCUUCCACAAGUCCGACUUCCGUUUUCUCAACGGCGCCGAGGGCCUGAAUUUCUACUCUCCCUCGCUGAGACGGCCGCUUCAUGAUCUGCCGUGUAAAGUUUACUGCGAUACCUGUCACACCCCUAUUAUGGACGAGGGGAGGCGGAUGAUCAUGCUGUUUCCUGAGCUCGUCAAGGGUAUUCACUCGCAGAGGGGCAAGGAGGCAUUUAAGAUUGGGGAUCACAUCUGCUGGGGCGGUCGGGUUGUAGAUGAAGGCGUGUUCGAUGGGGACGGCGUGAGGAAGUGGAAAGGGGUUGACAAGCAGAGUGAGCUGAUUGACGAUGGCAAGAGCGGGAAGUUGUAG